UUCUCAGAAUUGCAAACAUUAGCAGCCAAGUAACUAUGGCUUUCUCAGCAUAUUCUUCACAACUGCUAACCUUGUUCCUCAUUCUCGUCAUCAUUUACCCUGCUUUGGGAGAUCCGGCAACACAGCAAAGGAUUGAUCGAAUAUGCCGUCAAAAUGAGGAUUAUGGGUUUUGCAACAGAACCUUCAAUGAAAACCUAAGAGUUCCAGCAGAUUAUAUUGCCCUGACCUUGAUAGCAAAUGACCAAGUUCUGAGAAACACUUCCAAUACCUAUCAGUUCAUUGUGGAACUUCAAGCCAGCACUGAUGAUCCAGCAACAAGAGCUGCUCUCGAGACUUGCAGAAUUGGUUGCAGCCAGGUCAGGCAGGCGUUUGUACAGGCAAUUUCUUACUUCAAUCAGAAAGACUAUGGCAAUAUGGUUGAGGUUGAACGAGCAGCGCCAAGAGGAGAGGCUUUCUGUAGACCACCAACGCCAGAGAGCCCGUUGAUUGAGAGGAAGAGGGAAUUGAGGAUCCUCAUUGCAAUGGCUGUGGUUGCAGGUCAUAUUCUCGCCACUUGAUCUACCCAGUCAUCGCUGUCAGAUUUCUUUCGUGGAUAACAAGUGCACACAGCCUCAUUACACAACUCUGAUAUAGCUUGUUUAUGUAGAAGAUAAAUGGGCAUACCUAACCAAAAUAUUGACAUUUACUAAAACAU